AUGUCAAAGAAGCGUCAGACGGAGGUGGCGGAGGAAAUAAUCCGACGUGCUUCUGCUUAUAUUCCAGCCUUCGAAGACGUAUUCACGGAAGAGGGCUUCUAUAUCUUUUUCGCAUGUCUAACAGUCACGACCUUCGUGCUAGCAUUUACCUGUGCCUGGUUCUUUGACAUUACCAUCACUGAUGCUGGUGACUUCGCUCCACGAAGUCAGCUGAAAAAGACACGCAAGAAAAAGCUGCCAACUUACAAGGGCUAA